AUGGAGAGGGAGUCUGAGGGCGGCGGCGAGAGCUGCGUCAGCCAUGGUUCAUCGGUCAAGAGGCGAGAGAUGGAGCCCUUGAGGUCCAAUUCCUACCGUGUUCUCGUCAGAACUGAUCCCAGCGACUCCAGCUUAGUGAGUUCUUCCCCCCUUAUCUUCUCUCCUCUCUACUUUUAAAAGUAUUUGUAAAUAUUUGGAUCUAAAGCUUGUUUCUUGGUGGUUUAGAUCGUUAAAGACGGGUACCAGUGGAGGAAGUACGGGCAGAAGGUCACCAAGGAUAAUCCUUCUCCUCGGGCAUACUUCCGGUGCGCUAGAUCCCCCGAUUGCCCCGUCAAGAAGAAGGUGAUCAGAGAUCCUUUGUAUUUUUUAUGCGAUCUAAUCUGGAAGCCCUUUAUCUCGUUGAAACAAUACUACCGCAGAAGAAAAGUAUGUUACAGGUACCCAUUAUCGAUCGAUUUCAGGGAUGAUGAUGAUCUGAUUAUUUAGAUAAACUCAUUUCUCGGUUCGUUGCAUGGAAAAUAAAUUAUUCGUAUUACGUUGUAGGUGCAACGAUGCGCAGAAGAUAAGACGAUGCUCGUGGCGACCUACGAAGGCGAGCACAACCACAAGCCCCCCGGUGGCGCCGACAGAACCAGCCCGCCGGCGAGCGGAUGCGCCGCCAUCUCCCUCGCCGACGAGCCGGCGACGAGCGUCCCCGUGAACGUCGAUCUCACCCUCUCGGGAACCUCCCCGGAGGGAAAGAGACCUCAUCGGAGCUUCCCCGAGAUGACCCUCCCGAGGAAGGAGAAGAAGAACACACACGACGAUGGCGGCGGGGAUUGGCCAGCCGGCGGCGCCUGCAGGAGCUUGGAGGACUACAUGUCGUCUCUGAUGAGAGACCCCAGCUUCACGUCAGCCCUAGCCGGCGCCUUGGCCCGCUCCUUCCUCCUCCCUCCUCGCCACACCAGUGGUUGA